AUGCUCAAGUCAUUUUUUUUCGGAAUCACUUUGACUGCUGCUUCGAUUUCGUUGUCUAGAGCAACGUGCGCGGAAGGCGAGAAUCAGAUGAGUGUCGAGGGUGUUCGAGGAAUAUUUUGUGUAGCAGGUGAUCCCUGCAUUGCUACUUUCAGCACUGGUGCCUGUCCUGCACCUCAAGUGGGUUUGCCCAAUGGUUCGUACUGCGGCGUCGUUGCGUCCGGCGUGUACGGUUGCAAAAUCAAUAGCAGCGAUCCGACGAUGUCUCCUCUACCUACUGAAUCUCCAUCUUCACAGCCCACACCACAGAAUCGUACUCCAGGGCCGACGACAGCUGAUCCCGUUCCGACCAUUUCUACCAAAAAUUGUGAAGGAAAUGGUACUCGAGUGAGCGUCCAGGGCCUGAAGGGGUCCUACUGUGUUGAUGAACCAGUCUGUGUGCAAAAUGUUUCCACGGGCAAUUGUCCCGGUCCUCAGGACGGACUUCAGUUUGGCUCGUUUUGUGAUUUACUCAAGACGGGUGUUUACGGUUGUAGGCAAUACACGGCAUACAAUGUGAAGACUAAUGUUACGUACGACGCUCCUUUGGAUUGCUCUAACAACGCCGCAGGUGAUACGCCGGUGAGUAUUGUAAGUGCUGCCCAGGACUUUUGUGCUCCAAAACCUGUAUGCGCCGGGACUAUCUUCGGCAAUUGUCCUAAGGUCCAAAAUGGUUUAGCUCAGGAUUCGGAGUGUAUGGUCAUCGACGAAAGUGUUUAUGGCUGUGUUUUCAUGGCCAGCUCUUAA